AUGACUUGAACCGGAGGAAAGGCUCCCCGCAAGCAGCUUGCCACCAAGGCAGCGCGCAAGAGUGCCCCGGCCACUGGUGGUGUGAAGAAGCCCCAUCGUUACCGCCCCGGUACGGUCGCGCUGCGCGAGAUCCGUCGCUACCAGAAGUCGACCGAGCUGCUGAUCCGCAAGCUGCCCUUCCAGCGGCUGGUGCGUGAGAUCGCCCAGGACUUCAAGACCGAUCUGCGCUUCCAGAGCUCGGCCGUGAUGGCGCUGCAGGAGGCCAGCGAGGCGUACUUGGUCGAUCUGUUCGAGGACACGAAUCUGUGCGCGAUUCACGCCAAGCGUGUUACCAUCAUGCCAAAGGACAUCCAGCUGGCGCGUCGUAUCCGUGGCAAAAUUGUAGAAGAUUUGAAAGAAGAGGAAACAGCUUUCUAUAUGACUCGAACCGGAGGAAAGGCUCCCCGCAAGCAGCUUGCCACCAAGGCAGCGCGCAAGAGUGCCCCGGCCACUGGUGGUGUGAAGAAGCCCCAUCGUUACCGCCCCGGUACGGUCACGCUGCGCGAGAUCCGUCGCUACCAGAAGUCGACCGAGCUGCUGAUCCGCAAGCUGCCCUUCCAGCGGCUGGUGCGUGAGAUCGCCCAGGACUUCAAGACCGAUCUGCGCUUCCAGAGCUCGGCCGUGAUGGCGCUGCAGGAGGCCAGCGAGGCGUACUUGGUCGGUCUGUUCGAGGACACGAAUCUGUGCGCGAUUCACGCCAAGCGUGUUACCAUCAUGCCAAAGGACAUCCAGCUGGCGCGUCGUAUCCGUGGCGAGCGUGCUUAA